UAAAAGGCAGCGGAGGCGCAGGGUCUGCUGGGACGGUGGAGGACCGAGAGAAGGCUCGAAGCUACCGAGAAGAUGGCCGCGGUUAGCGGGGAUUUACAGGCCAGUUUGUGGUGAAAAAAUGGCCAGAGACUGCUAGGCUGCUUGGGGCCACCCUGGGGUGAUUUUUAGGGGCAGAUAUGGGCUCGCAAACCCUGCAGAUCCUCAGACAGGGCGUCUGGGCUUCCAUCACGGGAGGAUGGUACUACGACCCCCAUCAAAACACGUUUGUCAAUGCACUGCACCUCUACAUCUGGCUCUUUCUGCUCUGCUUCCCCUUCACCCUCUACAUGGCGCUUCCUCCCACCAUGGUGAUCGUGGGCAUAUACUGUGGUGUGAUAGCCGCUAUGUUUGUGCUGCUGAAAGCGGUGAACUAUCGGCUACACACGGCGCUGGACGAGGGCGAGGUCAUCGAGCUUCGGGCCAAAGGCGGGCAGGGCCGAGGGGCAGCGGGGGAACGGCAGAGAGACGCCCACCCACAGCAGGAGGACUCAAACGGACCUGGGGAUCCCGGAGGGGGAAUUGAGAUGGCUGAUUUUGUUCGAGAGGAAACUCCACCGGUCGACUGCAGCUCACGGAACUCCUACGCAGGGAUGGACUCCAGCCACCAGAUGGUGUCCUCUCGUGGGGGUCCAGCUGCAGCUAAAGGUGAUGUUGGUAAGACCUCAGAUGACCUCAGUCUGAGUCUGGCUCAGAGCUGCUGUAGUCAGGAUCAGGACAUGAUGUCGGACCCAAAGAUGUACUGCCUGGUCUCCAACGGCUCCUUCGCGUCCAUGCAGCCCUCCACCUCGUUGGCUCAAGACCUUUACAGCUCCACCCCCCACCCUUUCAGCCAAUCGCUAUCCUCCUGCGACACAGAGAUCACUGCCCACAUCCCUGCCCACUCCCAGUCCUUCCGGAAGGAUCCGUCUCGUCCUCGCGGGCUCCCACGCACCUCCAGCUCUGCCGGCUCUGCCUUUCCCGACUCUUCAGUGCCCGAAUUCAGCCUCUACCCACCUCCACGGAGGGGCGCACUGGACCCCGUGUGCGAACUGGACACCUCCAGGCCACAGAGGGCACUAGAGGGCAAGGAGCAGCAGCAGGACUCGGCCGUGCCGUCUACGUCAGGGACGGAGUGCUACAGGCAGCACAAACGAGAGCGGCGAAGAUUGGCGCGGUCCGUUUCCAGAGAGGCGGGGGAGGGGGAGUUUGAGGGAGAAAGCGGGACCGGACUGUACCAAGUUGAGAGUGUGCGUGGGGGGAGUUCAGGCGGAACCGCUGUAAGGGAGAAGGGUGGGGGGCUGAGCAUGGACAGUCUGAGGAGCCUGAGCACACGGAGCAGCGGCUCGACGGAAAGCUACUGCAGUGGUACGGACCGAGACACCAACAGCACCCUGAGCAGCCUGCACAGCGAGCAGACCAGCUCCACCCACGUGGAGAGUCUCCUCUCGCUGUCUGGCGACGAAAGAGGGGCUUCGGGACCCAGCGACUCGCUGAGCGCCAGCCUAGCCUCGGGGGAGGCCAACAAAAACCCCCACGCCAACGAACUCAGCACCAAACCAGCCACCGACGACCCCUCGACCCCUGCGAACGCAUCGCAGACCACCAGCCAGGAUGGGGCGGAGCCUUGUGGUGGUGGGGGCGGGGCCAGGACUAGCGACCCCUCCCAGCCAGAUGAGGCGGCAGAGAGAGACGACGUUAAGCCCAAGUCGGCCGAUCCCGUGCAGCGGGCCACUUCGUCUGCAUGCGCGGGUCGGAGUGGGCGGCGUCGGAACGCUCUAGGUAAGAAGCGUGCGAACAGCUUCGACGCCAGCCGUCACCGGGACUAUAUGAGCCUGCGGGGGUUAGCGAAGCCUCGCUCGGCCGUUUUCGCCAAAGGAGAGGAGGACUCCAGUGACCAGAGCGAACUUAGCCACGCCUCCAGCCUCCAUUCUGCCCACCAGCUAAGCACAGACUCCUCCUCCAGCACAUCACGCUCAUGCCACUCCCCCUCCGACGCCCACUACAGCGCCGUCCAUGCCAAAGCGCACGGCGCGCGGGCGCACGGCGGCGAGAAAGCGAAGGAGCGGGAUAAGGAGAGGGGAAAAAGGCGCUCGUCCCGGCGCACAGCCAGCGCGGGGAGCGCUAAGACUCACGCCCGCGUCCUCAGCCUGGACAGCGGCACCACGACCGCCACCUCCUGCCUUACGGACCCCCACCACCUGGUGGCGCCCGCCGGCCCCCGGCCACUCACCACCUCCAAGUCAGACCUGGAGGCGAAGGAGGGUGAGGUGCUGGACGCGGCGUCGCUGCUGGGCAGGGCGUGCCAGCUGGAGUCCGUCACGCGCUCCCGAAACAGCCUGCCCUGCCCCAUCACGCUCGGAGACCCGCACGAGAGCGCCACCGCCGCUGCCGCAGUCAGAGCCCCGGGCGGUGAGGACACUGUAACGUUUCGGCGGGAGCGUAGCACGUUCCGUCGGCAGGCCGUCCGGAGGCGGCACAACGCCGGGAGUAACCCCACCCCCCCCACCUCACUCAUCGGAUCCCCACUCAGUUUGCAGGAGGCUCUGAGCCAGGCGUCUCAGGCGUCUGUGUCAGGGGUCAGAGGUCAUCCGUCCCGCACGCCGUCCCAGGUGACUGUUCUGAGCGCUAGCGCCUCCCUGCUGGUCAGGAACGGAAGUGUGCAGCUCGAGGGCUCUCAGGAUAAAGCCUCCACAGUUGGCGUGGCCAGCCUGCAGGAAGACUUCGGGAAGCUCACCCCUCCUCUGUACGAGGUCGGAGGAUGCGACAUGUCUCUUGUUAACUUUGAGCCGGCGACCAGACGAGCCUCCAACAAUAUCUGGGACACAGAUUCUCACCUCUCUAGUUCUACCUCAGUUCGCUUCUACCCUCAUGACUUGUUUUCUUUUCCUCAGAUCCGACUGAACCGUCUGUUGUCGAUGGACCCGGAGCUGCUGGAGCAGCAGGAUGGUGAUGUCAGUCCCGACCUGCAGGAGGCGCCGCACGGCCCGCAGGAUGCAGCACAUGCGCACGCUAAUGCACACAAAGCCAAGCAGUACUACCGCCUGUGGCUGCUGCCGUGCGUGUGGAUCGGCCUGCACUUCGACAGACUCACUCUGCUCGCGCUGUUCGACAGGAACCGUGAGGUUCUAGAGAAUGUUCUGGCCGUGGUGUUAGCUGUGCUGGUGGCCUUCCUGGGGUCAGUGCUGCUGGUCCACGGAUUCUUCACCGAUAUCUGGGUCUUUCAGUUCUGCCUCGUCAUUGCCAGCUGCCAGUAUUCACUAUUGAAGAGUGUUCAGCCAGACUCCUCUUCACCUCGACAUGGUCAUAACCGGAUCAUAGCGUACAGCAGGCCGGUGUAUUUCUGCCUGUGCUGUGCUCUGAUCUGGCUGCUUCAUUACGGCAGUGUGCGCUCCAGCAGCACCAGCAGGGUCAGUCUGUACGGACUCAAACUGACCGCCUCUAUUCUGCUCACCUCGGCGCGGGACCUCAUCAUCGUCUUCACUCUGUGUUUUCCUGUGAUUUUCUUCGUUGGACUUCUUCCUCAGGUCAACACUUUCCUCAUGUACCUGUUUGAGCAGCUUGACGUCCACGUCUUCGGAGGAAACGCGUGUACCAGUCUGCCCUCUGCGCUCUACAGUGUUGUGCGCAGCAUCGUCACUGUGGCGAUGCUGUAUGGACUUUGCUACGGAGCUCUGGAGGAGUCGUGGGAUCCGCAGCACAUUCCUGUUCUCUUCUCCGUGUUCUGCGGGCUGCUGGUGGCCGUUUCGUACCACCUGAGCCGUCAGAGCAGUGACCCCUCCGUCCUCAUCUCUCUGGUGCAGUCUAAAGUGUUCCCGAACGUGAAGGAGCAGAACCCUGAGGACCCGUUAGCUGAGGUUCAGGACCCUCUACCUGAGAAACUCCGGAGCUCCGUGAAUGAGAGGCUGCAGUCUGAUCUGAUUGUAUGUGUGCUGAUCGCUGUGCUCUACUUCGCCAUUCACGUCAGUACCGUCUUCCUCGCCCUGCAGCCGUUCCUGAGUUACGUCCUGUACGGGUUGGUGGGGGCGGUGGGCUUGUUUACUCAUUAUCUUUUGCCCCAGAUGAGGAAGCAGCUGCCCUGGUACUGUUUCUCUCACCCGCUGCUCAAAACCAAAGAGUAUUACCAGUUCGAGGUCCGCGGUGCAGCCCAUGUGAUGUGGUUCGAGCGGCUCCACGUGUGGCUGCUGUUUGUGGAGAAGAACGUUCUCUACCCUCUGGUGGUUCUGAAUGAGCUCAGUGGCAGCGCACAGGAACUCGCCAGCCCCAGGAAGCUCAACACAGAAGUGGGGGCGUUAGUAAUAACAGUAGCUGGGUUGAAGUUGCUGCGUUCGUCCUUCAGCAGUCCCACCUAUCAGUACGUCACCAUCCUCUUCACCGUCCUCUUCUUCACCUUCGACUGCCGUCAGCUGUCUGAGACGCUGCUGCUCGACCUGUUCGUCAUGUCCAUCGUCUUCAGCAAGCUGUGGGAGUUGCUGUAUAAGCUGCGUUUCGUCUACACCUACAUCGCUCCGUGGCAGAUCACCUGGGGCUCCGCCUUCCACGCCUUCGCCCAGCCGUUUGCUGUGCCUCACUCCGCCAUGCUGUUUGUGCAGGCGAUCGUUUCUGCCAUCUUCUCCACCCCUCUGAACCCCUUCCUGGGCAGCGCCAUCUUCAUCACCUCCUACGUCCGACCUGUCAAAUUCUGGGAGAGAGACUACAACACAAAGCGAGUGGAUCACUCCAACACCAGACUGGCCUCUCAGCUGGACAGAAACCCAGGUUGUGAUGAUAAUAAUCUGAACUCCAUCUUCUACGAGCACCUGACUCGUUCUCUGCAGAGUUCUCUGUGUGGUGACCUGCUGUUGGGCCGCUGGGGGAACUACAGCACCGGAGACUGUUUCAUUCUCGCCUCCGAUUACCUGAACGCCCUCGUCCACCUGGUGGAGAUCGGAAACGGACUCAUCACCUUCCAGCUCCGCGGCCUGGAGUUCAGAGGAACGUACUGCCAGCAGAGGGAGGUGGAGGCCAUAACGGAGGGGGUGGAGGAGGACGAGGGCUGCUGCUGCUGUGAGCCGGGACACCUGCCCCACCUGCUGUCCUUUAACGCUGCCUUCGGUCAGCGCUGGCUGGCCUGGGAGGUUUUGGUCACUAAAUACGUUCUGGAAGGUUACAGCAUCACGGACAACAGCGCCGCCUCCAUGCUGCAGGUGUUCGACCUCAGACGCAUCCUCACAACUUACUACGUCAAGGGAAUAAUCUAUUACGUAGUGGCGUCUCCUAAGCUGGAGGAGUGGCUGGGUAACGAGGCGAUGCUGGACGGGCUGAGGAGCUGCAGAGAGCGUAACUACGUCGACCUGGACCCGACCUUUAACCCCAACAUCGACGAGGACUACGACCACAGGCUGGCCGGCAUCUCCAGAGACAGCUUCUGCUCAGUCUACCUCAGCUGGAUACAGUACUGCAACAACAGGCGACAGAAGCCUUUGGACAGUGAGAAGGACUCUCUGCUGGUCCUGCUGUGUUAUGGUCUGUGUGUGCUGGGCAGGAGAGCACUGGGCACUGCAGCGCACCACAUGUCCAGUAACCUGGAGUCGUUCCUGUAUGGGCUGCACGCUCUGUUUAAGGGGGAUUUCCGGAUCUCCUCAGUCAGAGAUGAGUGGAUAUUUGCUGAUAUGGAGCUGCUGAGGAAGGUGGUGGUACCUGGAAUCCGCAUGUCUCUGAAACUGCACCAGGAUCACUUCACCUCUCCUGAUGAGUACGAUGACCCCGCCGUGCUGUUUGAGGCGAUUUCCUCUCACGAGCGGACGCUGGUGAUCGCUCACGAGGGCGACCCGGCCUGGCGCAGCGCCGUCCUCUCUAACUCGCCCUCGCUGCUCGCCCUGCGCCACGUUUUGGACGAGGGAACGAACGAGUACAAGAUCAUCAUGCUCAAUCGCAGAUACCUCAGCUUUAGGGUCAUCAAGGUGAAUAAGGAGUGUGUGCGCGGUCUGUGGGCGGGGCAGCAGCAGGAGCUGGUGUUUCUGCGGAACAGGAACCCGGAGCGUGGAAGCAUCCAGAACGCCAAGCAGGCGCUCCGAAACAUGAUCAACUCGUCCUGCGACCAGCCGAUCGGAUACCCCAUCUACGUCUCACCGCUGACCACCUCCUACUGCAACACGCACGCGCAGCUCGGACACAUCCUGGGGGGGCCGAUCAGCAUCGCCAACAUCCGCAACUUCAUCGUCAACACCUGGCACAGGCUGCGUAAGGGUUGCGGUGCGGGCUGCAACAGCGGAGGGAACAUGGAGGAGUGUGAUGGCGGCGCUCUGUCUUGCGGCAGCGGGAACAGCGGGAAUUCUGGGAAUACGGGCGGUGGAGUGAGCGAAUCACAGCACAGCUCUAUCUCACACGGCAGAGUGACCGCACCCAACGGACAGCACACACACACUCCGCACUCACUGGGUACCAGUCACAGCUCUCAGUCUGUCCAGUCCGCUCUGGUGCGUCACUCUCCUGCUCGCGGUUCGGUGGUCAGUCAGUCUUCGUCGUUCCGGUUCAGUAGCCGUCACUCGUCCCUGCGGACGUCGGUCACGGGUUUGGAGCCGUGUCGCUCAUCCAGUAGCCAGCUCUCUCUCCGCACACUGCAGCUCCGCCUCGGCUCCGGCCCCGCCCCCGACACGCCCCAACCCUCCGGCUCUCUCUCCACACACUCCAUCCCACCCUGCAAACGGCACACGCACACACUCGCAGGCCUGCUGGGCAGUGAGGCUGGAGGGACGGAGCUUCAUCACCUGCACCACCAUCAUCACCAUCAUCACCACAACCCGUCACUGUCCUGCAUGAGGAGGGACGACAUCUCCUACAGAGUGCAGAUAGUGGACGUGAGUCAAGUGCUGGACAUGAUUAACCUGUCCAAGAGGAAAGAGCUGGUGUGGCCGGACGAGUCGAUGCGUCUGCGGGCGGGCCGGAGCUGCUGGAGGGAGUGGAGCCCCCUAGAGGGCAUGGAGGGACACGUGAUUCACCGGUGGGUGCCUUGUGGUCGUGAGCCGGUCAGUCGCUCUCACAUGGAUAAGGCCAUCCUGCUGGUUCAGGUGGACGACAAACUGGUGCCAAUCAUAGAGACGGGCGUGAUAGAGCUGGGGGCAGAGGUGUGAGAGGAACACACACACACACACACACACACACACACACACACACACACACACACACACACACACACUCUAUCCACUUUAUUCGGUCCACCUGUCCUGUCCAACUCAUCAGGUCCACUUACUGCGCAGACACACUCGCUCUACAGUUGAAGGGUUUUGUUGCAUUUAGACACUUUGUCAUUUUCUUCUGAUGUGUGCUGUGGGGAGUGAGCGUCACACACAGGGUAAGAAGUGGAAUUAUGAUUAAUAACGCCUUUAUUACAGAAAUCAGUAAUCACAAAUAUCAGUACAAGAAAUGUGUAGGGUCCUUUAAAGCCGACAUCAAUGUCCGCGCUGCAUUUUUUAUUUUUAUGAAUCAGCCAGUCAAAUCCCUACAAUCGUUAAUCGUUUUAUAUGGAACUCACAGUUUGAAAGAGUGCGAUUUUCUCCCUGCAAAAGCUGCAGCUUUAAUUAUAGAAUACCUGGCAACUUUUAAGUGUGGAAAUUUACCGUAAUAACGUAGAGCUUUCUAUUACAAAGUGCCAUCAGCGGCCCACUGCAGACCCUCUCAGUGUGGGCCCAACGACCAUCAGAGGGUACCUCCCAACCCAGUUGAGGCCCAGUGGUUGAGAAAGCCUGCCUUAAACUAGUAAAACUGUAUAUCGCUGCUGUCGGAAGAAAACCUCUUAUCUCCAAAAUGGUGACUUUACAGGAGAAGGAAAAAACAUAUUUCACUUUUAAUGUAAGUCAAUGGAACCAGACUUUUUUCCAUGUCAUUUUGGCCCGUUUCUUUUAGUCCAUUCAUCAUAAAUUUACAGACAAUGUAAAGAACAACAGGUAUUUUCAACUUAUGUCAAAACCUGAAAAACAACAAAAAUGGAGAUACAAGGUUUUCGUCUAAAAGCAGUGAUUUUCUGGUUUUCUUGACCGAAAAAAUGACAGAAAACAAUCACAGAUUAAAUUGCAAUUAUAGUCAAAAAAUGUGCCCAAAUGAUUCAAGCUUAUAAAAAUCACAUUACAGGAGCUCCUCUGGUAAACAAAUCCAGCUCCAGUAGGACUUAUACUGUAAGUGGACCUGAUAAAAUGGACGGAGAUUGUAAAUACAGGGUAGGUUGACCAAAUAAAGUGACCAGUGAUAAUAUACAUACACCUUCCCUCCCACCUUGCUGAUGGAAGGUACUGAAAGCCAGGGAGAUGUUCUACAGAGAGAAGCACACACACACACACACACACACACACACACACACACACACACACACUUGCUGAAACUCAGGCAGAAUCCUGCCUUGCCCUGCAUUGCUCAGAUAUGCUGCAUGACGGACGGACGGACGACCCCCGUUGAAACGUUUCUCUUUCUUUAUUUCUUCAUUUUUGAGCAAAAGCUGAAGCUUUUUUUUAUUUUGUUUGUUUCUAUGCAUCUCAUCAGGACUGAAGCAGACCAGAGCAUAAACAGAGGCACAACACACAGUGAUAAACACUAUACUGGGCUUCAGAUAUCAGCAGGAGUUUAUAUCUUGAUGCUUUAGUUCCGUUUUCUUUUGCCAAAUAUGGCCUGGAGCGCUGGGCUGCGCACGGCCGUCUCAUGCAGAAACCGUACGAGGGAUUUGACGAGUGGUUAAAGUGACCUAACCAGGCUCUGUUCACAAAUACGCCCCUUCUUAGCUGCUGUUGCGAGGUUGGACAAGCUUUAGGGCCCAAUUAUUAUCAACAAUGCAAAAGAACGUACAUUUAUUUCAGUGGAGAGCAGAAUGAAUAAAUAUUGCGUUUGAAACUACACAAAUUCAACUUGGUGCUUCGUAACAGCAUCAAAUAACAGCACUGAAUAUCCAAAACUGAGGAGACGCUAAUUUUAGCGUAAACAUUUCUUCCCCACUGGCAAUAAAUAAUCACAAAGAGAGACGACAUCAGAGCCGGUUUAUGAGGAGUCUGGCCUCUUCCUGUUUCUCCUGUUAUAUCAAAAACAGGGCUGCAAAACAGCAGAGGGCGCCUGCGAGCGAGUCUUCAAUGAGUGGGAGUGAAUGAAGCUAAAAAGCUAAAAAUGAAAAGUUAAAAUAGUUUCUAAUCACUUAAACAGAACUUUCCUUUAAUUGUAGAAAGUAGACGGACGAGUUUCACUAAAAAAUCAAAGAAAUCUCACCUGUAUGUUUCCUUUUUGCUACAGCAAUUGGGUUUUAGGCAGCAGGACGCUGACAUUACUGCUACUGAGUGCUGAUUGGUUGGCGAGCGGAGCAGCUCAUUGGCUGUUCGCGCUCACUGACGUCAUGAACGUACAUGAGGCGCUGUU